GGUUGACAAAAAUCGGUCGCGUUUCCGCUACCCGAAGCUCGUCGUCAGAUUCGCAAGGCCACAAGUCGCGUUUUCAUUCCGAAGCCCGGCACAGCGUGUAACGGAAAAGUAGGGAAAAUCGCGCGACUCGAUGAAAUCGGUUGGCAAUCGGCAAGAGAAACAUUUGAAUUCUGCUUGGAUAUUGACGGGAAAAAAUCGGUACCAACUGACCGAGUUUUGUGCCACCAUUUUCCCGCCAAAAUAUCCACCUAUCUUCAAGCCGCGAUUCGACACUCGAUCCUUGCUUUCGGAUCGAUCGGUUAACUCCCUGAAAGCUUCCGGAAUCUUUCCUCCGCCGGAACGACGGACGUGAGCAAGAAGGACAUGAGGCGUUGCGGAGCCAAGGGCAGGAUCCAGGUCACCGGGUAACCCAGAUGGGGUUCCUUGCCGCCUGCAUUCUCGCCCAAUGGCGCUGCGUCCCCGCCGAUCUCCGACCAAUAACGCGUCGUCUUUUCAACCCACGAUUUACUCGGCGCGUAUGAGAGUCGCGUGCUCGCUGUCUCCGCAGAUUUAAGCCUGUUCCUUGGCGGGCAGGAUCUCCGAGGCGUCUGCCUUUUACAAAUUUUCCGCGACGUUUUCGCCGAUUUUUUUCCCAGACGUAUUAUUAUUACUCGCGAGAGUUACCGUUUUCGUUUUUUUUUUUUUUUUUCUCUAUAUUUUUCUUACUUCAAUCGAUGCAGUUUUCCGUUUAGAUCGGUGCUUCGCCCGGCUACGGUUCAUUCUUCUUCGUCGCACGAGUUGUUCGAAGUUCGUUCACUUUUGUCCAAGUUUGUAUCGGUUCCUCGCUAAAUCGAGGAAUCAGGUCGAUCGGUAUUCCGGUGAAAAGAUAAUUUGAAAAUAAGUAACUAAAUCAAAAAUUGAAUUAUAAGGAAUCUCGGUAAAAUACAAAAAAUAACAUGAAUCUUACGGUGAAGUUUUUCGUCAUAUGCUCAGUGAUGGUAACCGUGUCUUCGGCAGGAAUACUUGAUACUCUGUUUUCCUGGGGCCUGGCUGAAACCGAAGCCCGAUCGACGACGCCGCCGCCGUCCAAGUGUCUCUGUCAAGCAUCCGGCUGCCUUUGCUGCGUCGACCUUAAUUUGACAGCGGCCAUUGACCUGGGAGGUCCUGUAUGCCUCAACAUUAAACAGAAGGAGGAAAACGUCACCCUGAAUAUGAGCUUCGGGGAGAACGCGAUGCACAACGCGACGAUUCGCAUUGCCGAGGCGGCGAACAAGCGAACUUGCAUGAACCUUCUCUCGGAUUUGGCGCAACUCUGCGCGACAUUUACGACGGUUAAAGAGGCGGCUUCCGGUUACGACGGAUGUUUGGCCGUGGAACCAGAGCUCCUGAGCACGACGCAGGCGGUUUACCAAAUCGGUUGCUUCAAUUUCAACCAGGACAACAUUCGACAGCUUGACACGACAGCGGCAGAGGCACUGACGACCACGGAAGUUCCGGAGACUUCGGAGGCACCGGAAACUGGCGAUGGUGCGGGGGAGGACGAGGACUACAAUCUGAACCCCGACGAGCUGAUCGCAGCGGUUUCGGCGAGCGCCGAACAAGGAAUCGCGUUGUUCUCCCAGUGGCUGGGCCUGAACCUAAACCCGAGCCUGAACCAGACGACAUCGCCGAUCGAAGAUGCCUCGGGAUCGUCGGGAUCUUCGAGGGGGGCGCGAAAGCUCGAGGGCGAAGUGCAGCGGGACGCGAUAAAGAGCGAGGAACGCUUCAAGCAGAUCCUUAGCGCCCAGGACAACAUCCAGAAGGAGUCGCCGAGGCUCGGCCAGGUCCCCGACGUCGAGACGACUUACGUCUACACCGAGCCGCCCCGGCCCGGAAGUCUGGCCUCUCUCGUCGAGCCCGAGGCGGUGAAGCAGCCGGAAGUGUCGAUCGACGGCCUCGCCGUUGUCCCGAGGGAAUCACGGAGGGGUGGACGCGCCUACAACAUCCAUCAGCACGUCAACGAGAUAUAGAGAUUUCACGUGCGAAAAUGGCUGCGGGAUAGCGGAAAAAUAUAGAAAGAUCAAAAAAUCGAUCGGACAAUGUGUCGAAUUUUUUUUAUAAAGGCACGAAAAGUUGGUUCGUUGAUUGUUUUUUCAAUUUUCAAAGUCCGAGUACGGAGAAAGCAAAAUCACAGAUAAGUCGGAACACGGAAUGCCGAAUUGCAGAAUCGUCGGAAUUCGUCUCGAUACCAAUUUAUGUUUUAAUCUUUCUACAUUUUUUGCUAUUCCGUACUUCGAAUUUUUAUACUCACAAUCUUUCAUACUCUGAAUUUCCGCAAUUUCAUUUAACAGAUAUUUUUGCAUUUAUGAAAAUUCGAUACUCUGGCCCUUCGAUCAUUCGAUAUUUCUGAUUUUUUUCUCUUUCUUUUUUUCACCCUUAACCCCAAAAACCUUUAGAAAAAUUCGAGAAAUUAAAAAACAAAGCACCCCUACAACGGAGGUAGAAACUUUUGAAAGUUUUUUAUCGUGCGAAUUUUUCAUUUGCACGGUAUUUAAAUUGUUAUAUUCAGUGUUUGUUUGUUUUUUUUUUUUUUCUUUCUUUCUUUUUUUACGAAAUUUUAUUUACCGGCUGUAAAAACAAACUUGUUAAAAAUCUAAAACAACGAAAUCCACAUUCUUCUAGCUUCUCUACACCUCGCUUCUCGCAUUGGGCGAAUAAUCGUCAUAUUGUCCAACGGCACAUUGCGUUACGACACUCGAUGGAAAAGAAAAACAAAGGAGAGUAAAAAGUUUGCAUAUUCAAUUAACUAGUACCACUGAACGUUGUAAUUCAACAAUAGAAAAAAAAAAAAAAAAAAUUGUCGCGUCGUCGAUUGCCGGAUCGACAAGAUUACUUUUUAUAUACAAACAUACUUACUUAUAAGUUUAAAUUAUUUAUUAUUAUUAUUGUUUAUCCUGUGUAUUUGAAAAAAAAAAAAAAAUAUAGAGAAAGUUUAUUCUUCCCGACUCUUCUCGCGCGUUUCAAAUCACACGGUCGUGUUAUAAGAGAGUAUUAGAAAAUUAUAUUAAUAUACACACAAACAUAAAUAUAAUGUUUAAUACGUAUUACAUGUCUGUACUGUAUUGAUUCCUUUGAAAAAAAUAAAAAACGCCAUAAAAAAAAAAAAAAAAAAAAAACAACAUACGAAAUAUACUAGUUUCUUUUUCACUUUCUCGUAGCUAUCCGAUAAUCGAUUUGUAUUAAUAGCUAAAAUUGUUUGCGUAAAACAACGAUAAGAAUAAUCACUACAAAAAUGACGUGAUUAAGUAAUUGUUCGUUGUGUGUUUACAAGAAUCCGCACUACGUGAACGUUUUCUUUAACGGGAAGAAGAAAGAAUUUGGAAAAUAUCGUCAAGACAUAGAGUUAAACUUUUCCGAUAUUAAUGAACGUGUGAUAUUUGUCGUCAAUGUUGACCAAUCGUUAUAUUAUCGUUUAAUAUCAAAAGAUUACUUCGUUUGAGCGAAAAUUUCUUAAUUCUAUUUUAUAUGUAUAAUAUAUAUAAUAAUAUAGUCAUACAUCUACGUGCUAGGGUAAUAACAAUAAUAUAAAUAUUAUUAUUACGUUAGUUACACCUUGGGGGGGGGGGGGGGGGGGGAAGAUUUCGUUAUCGCAUAUAUAUGUAUAUAUAUAUAAUAUAAACUCUUAUAAUAUAUUAUAUAUACCAUAUUCACGUAUAAUAUAAUUCUCGGCAUGUAUAAAAUUUUCAAAGUAUAGGAUAAAACUAUACCUGUAUAUACCCAUAUACGCGUAUUUGAAGAAGAAGAAGAAGAAGAAGAAGAAGAUGAAAAAGAA